UCGAAUUUUUUCUGUUUUCUACGUUUUUAUCUGUCCGUUGCCUGUUGAGUUUGGCGUUGAGUGGAUCCGAUGGUAGGUUUUUGUUGUCUGUUUAGAUUUAGGGCUUUUUUUGGGUAGGUGAAGUGGUUGCCUUGCGGAUUUGCUACUCCUUGUCCGCAGUAUGUUACAGAUUUUUUUUUUUCUUUUCUUUUUGGUGGUUAAUUUUUGGUGUAUAAAUUACGUUCUCUAUGCUGGUAGGGCAAAUUGUAUUUUAUUGGCCGAUUUGUUCUGGUUUAGUUACAUGCGUAUGGCCUGCAACAUUUUAAAGACUUUAUUGUGCUGUUUUGAAGGUAAUUUAACAUGGAGCCUUCAAUUCAACAACGCACAUUCUCAGUCAAACUAUGGCCCCCUAGUCAGAGUACCAGGCUAUCGCUUGUGGGGCGGAUGACCAAGAAUCUUACCACUCCAUCCAUUUUUUCACGAAAGUAUGGUCUUCUGAGUAAAGAAGAAGCUGAGGAGGAUGCCAAGGAAAUAGAAAAAGUGGCUUUUGAUACUGCAAACCAGCAUUAUGAGAAGGAGCCAGAUGGUGAUGGAAGUUCUGCAGUGCAAUUUUAUGCUAAAGAGUCCAGUAAGCUUAUGCUGGAAAUUCUCAAAAGAGGCCCUAGGACAAAGGAUGUUGGAGAAGUAAUGACCUCUGAGAAAGUAAAAGCAUCUGAUGAAACUAUUUUUGACAUAUCUGAUGGUCGUCGAGAUUUUAUUGAUGCUGAGGAAGCUGAGGAGCUGCUAAAGCCUCUGAGCAGACCAGGAAAUAAGUAUAGCAAAAUAUGUUUCAGCAACAGAAGUUUUGGUUUGGAUGCAGCUCGUGUUGUUGAGCCAAUCUUGUCAUCCCUCAAGAAUCAACUAACAGAAGUAGACCUAUCAGACUUCAUUGCUGGAAGGCCAGAGGAUGAAGCUCUUGAAGUAAUGAAUAUAUUUUCUUCAGCACUGGAAGGUUGCCAGCUGUCAUGUUUGAAUCUUUCAAACAAUGCUAUGGGUGAAAAGGGUGUAAGGGCAUUUGGCGCACUGCUAAAAUCACAGAAUAAUUUGGAGGAGUUGUACUUGAUGAAUGACGGAAUCUCAGAGGAAGCAGCACAAGCAAUAUGCGAGCUGAUUCCUUCUACUAAGAAGCUUAGGAUCCUUCACUUUCAUAAUAACAUGACAGGGGAUGAAGGAGCAAUUGCCAUUUCUGGACUAGUGAAACAGUCUCCUAUUAUGGAGGAUUUCCGGUGUUCUUCUACGAGAGUAGGCUCUGAAGGUGGCAUUGCCUUGGUUGAAGCUCUUGGAACAUGUACUCGUUUGAAGAAGCUGGAUCUGCGUGACAACAUGUUUGGUGUGGAAGCUGGAGUAGCUUUGAGCAAAGUUUUAUCUGGAUUUUCAGAUCUCACUGAGGUGUACCUCAGUUAUUUGAAUCUUGAGGAUGAGGGGUCUAAGGCCCUUGCUAAUGCUCUCACAAAGUCUGCUCCAUCCCUUGAAGUGUUGGAUAUGGCUGGAAAUGACAUCACUGUUGAGGCUGCCCCUGCUCUGGCAUCCUGUAUAGCUGCAAAACAAUUUCUCUCCAGGUUAUACUUGUCCGAGAAUGAACUAAAGGAUGACGGUGCAAUUUUGAUAGCCAGGGCACUGGAAGAGGGUCAUGGCCAAUUAAUUGAAGUUGAUAUGAGUACCAAUUCAAUAAGAAGGUCUGGAGCCAGGAUCCUGGCUCAAGCCGUUGUACAGAAACCUGGAUUUAAGUCUCUAAACCUCAACAGUAAUUUCAUAUCAGAUGAAGGGAUUGAUGAGCUGGAGGAUAUAUUUAAGCAUUCUCCUGAUAUGCUCGGGCCAUUGGACGAGAAUGAUCCUGAAGGACAAGACCUUGAUGAGGAGGCUGAAGAGGAGGGUGCUGAUCAUGAUGAAUUGGAAUCCAGACUCAAGGAUCUCAAAAUUAAGCCAGAGGAAUAGGAAUUACCAUGAUCUCAUGCUCUCACGUCACUUUGCUCAAGCUUAUUUAGGAAGUUAAAUGUUCUCUGGCCGGGACUGCAUAUUCUUGUUUAAGCUGGUACAGCCUCACGAUGAUAAAUCCAUCAUUCAGUAGGUUAUAUCUCAAAAGGAGUUGGAAUUCCUGAGACUUUCUGAACAUUCUUGAGUUCCUUACUUUUGCACUCUAAUUUCUUCUAUGGAACCAAUAUUUUGGUUGAGAUACUGCUUGACAAUGUACUAUUUGUUGCUUUUUUCCGUUUCUCUAUUCCCCAGGGUAUUAUCGUUUGUUGCCUAGAAAUUGUUGGUGGUAUUGCAAUUUGCAAAUUCAGGCUAAAGGCCCCCUAUUCAGAAA